AUGACUCCCACCCUUGCUGCGAGCACCACGAGCAACAAUACCGCCAGCAGCACUGGCGCCAGCAGCACUGGCGCCAGCAGCACGAUAAGCGCGCCAAGGCAGCCGCAUGGGUCCGCGCAACUGCUCUCAUCUGCCGCGAUUCCCGCGGUGAUCUGCAGCCGUCACACAGCAGCGGCGGGAGCGAAUCCGGUGGGGAAUGAACCACUGGCGCUGCGUCAAGAGAGGUCCCCUCAGCAGCUCCCAUCUGCCGCGAUUCCUGCGGCUACCUGUGCCCAAAUUUCGACCAGUGGUCGUCACGCGGCGGGGGGGGGCAACCCCGUAGCCAGUGGCGCCCCCGCACGGGCGCUGUUCCCGCAUUGGGCGGCGGUGGACGCGGAGCAGCUGAGGCGCGUGCCACAGGACGUGAUGCCGGAAGACUCGCACUGCUGGCUGAAAUACGGCGAGAAGCGGCUCGAGCUGGAGGCAUUGGGUGUGAUGCUUGGGGGGGCGGCGGUGGACGCGGAGCAGCUGAGGCGUGUGCCGCAGGACGUGAUGCCGGAGGACGCGCAUUGCUGGCUGAAAUACGGCGAGAAACGCCUCGUCAAGUCCGCCUGCCACUGGUCGUACUUCCGCUUCUUCCACCCCUGCCCGGCUCGCAAGCGAGUUGACUGGCAGCUACUACCCCUCACUCCUGCCACCCAUCCGUCGCAGCUGCCGCCCGGUUUUGACGCAGCCGCACACCACCGGGCGGCAGGCAAGCCACCCGCAUCGAUCAUUUUCUUCCGGGUGACUUACCUGAACACGCACAACCACAGUGAGCCGCCCAUUGGCCUCCGGUUAGUGCCCUCUGCAGCAACGGACGGUGCUUGUCAGGCUGGUGGUGUUAACUUAAACCAUUUACCAGGUGCAGCUGCUGCCGCAGCUGGAGUGGGCUUUCGUGUGACGCGCGCCUCUCCUGCCCCCCACGCCUCUCCCUCCUCUCACGUGUCUGCCGCCGCAUCUCAUGUGUCCUCUGCCUCCCCCGCCGCCUCUCACCCGUCUCACUCAUCUCCUGCCGCUGCUGCCGCGACUCAAUCCUCUGCUGCUGCGAGUCUCUCCUUCACGCUGCCCAGGCCGAUCAAAGUGAGCUUCUCUUCUCCGGCCGACCGUGCCGUGGCGGGCGGCGGUGAGAACUGUGAGCGGCCCAUGAGCAGAAGCGGCAGCGCCACUGAUGCGGGCGCAGCACUUGUGCCUUCCCCCAUGGCGGUUGGCGGGGGCAUUGGCGGUCACGGGCGGUCUAUGAGCAGGAGCAGCGCCACUGAUGCGGGUGGGGCUCUUGUGCCUUCCCCCGUGACUGCGGCUGGUGACCGUUUUGAUGACUCAGCGCCACGCCAGCUGCAAGGGCUGCUGGAGGAUAUGGUGCCACGUCAGCUUCUGCAGGGCUCGCAGCGAGUCACAGGUGCAUCACAGUAUCGGGCACCGCCUGAUGCUGCCGCAGCAGCGUUUCAACCCCCAGCCACAUCAGUAGCACCACAUAGCGUGGGGCUUGAUGGCUUGGCCGGCAUGGGCGGCAUGGGUGGUGUGGGCGGCGUGGGCACGGGCGGCAUGGGGGAGGAUGAGUUGCUGGUGGAGGCGGCAGCAUGGCUGGCAGAGCAGGGAGGGCUGGAGGCACUUGAUUGGCUGCCGGACCUGACAGGGCGUAACGGUCGAAUUGACGCGACUCGCAGCGCGGAAGGGGGGAGCGGGGACCGCGAUGGGCCGGUGGAUGAGAGGGCUGGCGCUACAGCCGCGGACGAUGCUUCCGACAAACGGCCACGCGUCAAUGACGAGAACGACUCUAACGGGGCUGCUAGUAGCGCGGAUGAUUCAAUCGGGGACGCGGCGCGGUGGAUCUGGGACGUGAGCGGGCGCGAUCUGGUGCAGGUGGCGCUGGAGGCGAGCCGCGCGACGGACGGCCCGCGAUUCCUGGCGCCGUGCGGCAUGCGACGCGAGCUGCCGCUGCUCGUGUACCUGCCCGGACUAGACGGCACGGUGAGAGGUGUGAGUGGUCCCACGCGUGCACACACACCCAAUACCUUGCCUCCAAUCCCCUCCACCUCCCGCCUUUCCCACCUUUUCCCUCGCCUCCUCUCCCCCCCACCCUCCCGCUCCCCUCCCUCUCCCCUCCCGCUCCCCUUCCCCUCUCCUUCCCUCUCCCAUCCCCCUCCCCCUCCCCGUCCCUCUGCCCCUCCCUCUGCCCCUCCCUCUCCCCUCCCUCUCGGCCACCCCGUCCUCCCCCUCGACGCACUCGCCGCCAGUGUGGCGGAUCUUAUUCAGCAAGAGCAGGACCUGCGGAGGGAGACCGCGCUGCUGCUGCUGCAAGCGUCCUUGGGUGCAAGAGCCAUGGGAUACGCCUCUGAUGAGGACGGAAUGCCUGCAGGGGCAGGCACAACCGCAGCACCUGCAGCAGAAGAAGCCGCAGCACCUGCAGUACCUGCAACACCUGCACUGGAAGAUGCAGCAGCAGCGGCGCCUGCGGCAGUGACAGUGGUGGCAGAGUCGUUUGGAGCGGGGGUGGCGCUCUCCCUCUCUGCUAAGCACUCGCAUCUGGUUGCCCACCUCGUCAUCUGCAACAGCAGUGCCAGUGGUGGCGGAGUCACUCGGAGUGGGGGUGGCACUCUCCCUCGCUGCCUGCCACUGCCACCCAUGCGAACCUGGUUACCCACCUCGCCAUUUGCAACAGGUGCGUGCGAGGGAAUGGGGGCGUGGGUGUGUGGGUGUGGGUUUGUGGUGGCAGCAGUGGCGGGGGUGGCACUCUCCCUCGCUGCUACCCAUGCCCACCUCGUCAUAUGCAACAGUGCGAGUGGCUUUCGCCGGCAGCCAGCCCUUCAGCUCGGAGCGCCGCUGCAGCAGGUCUUUAGUUCUUUCUUCCCUAAACCCCCUUCUCCCUGGCUUGAUUCCCAUCUUCGUGCUCUUUCCUCCUCUCCUCUUUCGUCCUCUUCCACCUCUCACUCUCCUCCUUGGCCCUCGCGCCUCUCCUCUCUGACUUCUUCCCACCUUCUUUCCCUCUCCUCCCUAUCCCCCACCCACCAUCCCCAUCCCUCUACCCAUGCCAGGCACCCUUUGCACCUCUCUCACCUCUCCUCUCUAACUCCCAUCCACCAUCUCCCCGCCCUGCUUCCAUCCCCAUCCCUCUCCCUACCCCAGGCACCCUUUGUGCCAGACAUUCCUGUCUUGGCGCAGCUGUCCUCCGUGGCGCUCGCGCCUCUGCUCUGUGAUUGGGACAGCCUGGGGGAGAGAGAAAGGACCCUCAUCACCCCGCCCUUCAGGUUCUUUCUGCACCCUUCAGGUUCUUUCUGCACCCUUCAGGUUCUUUCUGCACCCUUCAGGUUCUUUCUGCGCCCUUCAGGUUCUUUCUGCACCCUUCAGGUUCUUUCUGCGCCCUUCAGGUUCUUUCUGCACCCUUCAGGUUCUUUCUGCACCCUUAAGGUUCCUUCUGCGCCCUUCAGGUUCUUUCUGCGCCCUUCAGGUUCUUUCUGCACCCUUCAGGUUCUUUCUGCACCCUUAAGGUUCUUUCUGCACCCUUCAGGUUCUUUCUGCGCCCUUAAGGUUCUUUCUGCACCCUUAAGGUUCUUUCUGCGCCCUUCAGGUUCUUUCUGCACCCUUCAGGUUCUUUCUGCGCCCUUCAGGUUCUUUCUGCGCCCUUCAGGUUCUUUCUGCGCCCUUCAGGUUCUUUCUGCGCCCUUCAGGUUCUUUCUGCGCCCUUCAGGUUCUUUCUGCGCCCUUCAGGUUCUUUCUGCACCCUUCAGGUUCUUUCUGCGCCCUUCAGGUUCUUUCUGCGCCCUUCAGGUUCUUUCUGCGCCCUUCAGCACGAGCGUGCUUCCACCAGCAACGGUGGCACGCCGUGUUGCCAUGAUGUCUGCGCUACAGCCAUCUGACGCCAUGCUACAGUCCAUCACAGCCAGCACCCUGCUCAUUUCGACUCAAAAGCAGUCCGGGAGUCCCAGAGGCGGUGCCCCCUUCUCCUCCUCUUUUGAGUCGACUCACAAGCAGACCUUGUCAGGGCCCAUGUUCACCCUCCCUUUGCUUGCUUGCAUGCAGUGGGGUGGGGAGGACCCGCUCAUACCAUCAGUAGAGGAGGCUUACAGGUGGGGAGGACUGGCUGACACCAUCAGUGGAGGAGGCAUACUUUCUGGCGACAUGGUAUAUGGUGACCGGUUGAUACCAUCAGUGGAGGAAGCAUAUGGACUCGCGACGUGCAUCCCAUCGUGCCGCAUCAAGAUUCUGCCUUUCUCCGGCCACACUGCCCUGCUAGAGGCGGGCGUUUCUCUGCGGGACAUUCUGGAGGAGUGCAGAGUGUUGCUGCCCUCUGCUGCCUUUCCUCUGGACCCUGUCCCUCCCUCUGAUGACGACGAGCCUGCUUAUAGCGAGGAUAAGAGCCCUGCCAAUAGCAGUGCUUCGUCUGCUGCCGAACCUGCAAUGAACGGUGCAAGCCGAAUUGGUAUCAGCAGCGCGGGUGGCAUCACGGCACCAAGUGCAGCAGUCAGAAGUUCAGGUGAAAGUUCAGGAGUGGAGGGUGCUGCAGGGUACAGCAGCGAUGAGGAGGGCGAGUUCAGCAUGGAGGGGAAGGACUGGAAUGAUGCUGACGUGGCUGCUGUGCUUGGAUUGGCCGGUUCUGCUGCCACGGAUGCCGGACCAAUCACAGGCCCUGAUGCUGAUGCUGCUGCGUUUGCCUCCAAUGAUGUGUCCACAAUGCCAAGAAAUGCUCGGAAGGACGGGGGUUCGGCGGAGGUUUGGAAGGGGAUGGAGAAGGGGAGAGUGGAAACUAGAGGGGUUGUGGGAGGGGGAGGGGGAAAAGGAGGGAUAGUGAGGAGUUUACGGGAGUGGAGCAAGGGGAGGAGGGAAGAGGGCAGAGGAGAGGAGGAGGGAGUGCGGAAGAGCUUGUGGGUAGAGAAUGAUGUGGUGCGGAAGGAGGAUGAGGGUAGAGGUGAGAGGCAGGGAGGAGGGAAGGAAAGACAACGGGAGGGACUGCAAGGGAAUCAAGGGGAGCAAGUCAACAAGGCCAAGCGUGGUUUGAGGCUGGAUGGGUACUAUGAGAUGAUGAAGGGUAAAGGGGAUGCCGCAUGGGCUGAUCGCAUGUUCCCUCAAGCUGCCUCUGCUUCUGAAGCUGCCUCCGCCUCUCAAGCUGCACCUGAUUCUCUCUCCUCUCAGUCCGCUUUGGGUUCCCCACCCCAGUCCAAAGCUACAGCAUCUGCUGCCUCCCGUUCUGUGCGUGCUAAUAACGGGCAUGCAGAGAGGGGUGCAGAGGGCAGUGGUGGUGGUGGUGCCGGUUCUGCUGCUGCAGCUGCGCGUUCUGGUGCUCCUGAUGCAGCUAAUGGAGCUGCACUCCCCAGUUCUACUAGUGCCACAAAUGCACUGGAGGGUAUGCUGGAUGACAUGCCUCAGUACCGCCUCUGGAACUGGGUGGCCGGGCCUCUCUAUGUUGGUACGUGUGGGUGUGUGUGUGUGAUAUGGUCAUGGUGUGCUGCAUGCCGUGUGGUGCGUGCCGUGUGGUGUGUGCCGUGUGGUGUGUGCCGUGUGGUGUGUGCCGUGUGGUGUGUGCCGUGUGGUGUGUGCCGUGUGGUGUGUGCCGUGUGCUGCGUGCCGUGUGCUGCGUGCCGUGUGGUGUGUGUGUGCCGUGUGGUGUGUGCCGUGUGGUGUGUGCCGUGUGCUGCGUGCCGUGUGCUGCGUGCCGUGUGGUGUGUGUGUGCCGUGUGGUGUGUGCCGUGUGGGUUGGAGAAGAUUCCGCGCAACGAGGAGAAGCUGCUGUUUGUGGGAAACCACACCAUCUUCGGCAUCUAUGACAUGCCGCUCAUGAUCCGAGACAUUCACAUGCGCACGGGAGUCACGUUAAGAGGGCUGGGCGCGCCCACCCACUGGCAGGGGCCCUUUGCUGCCCAGUUCACCAAAUACGGUGCCGUGCGGGUAUCCCCCCGAGCAUGCUACCAGCUGCUGAGGGAGGGGGAGAACUUGCUGCUGUACCCGGGGGGCGGCAGGGAGGUGGGGAAGCGGAAGAACGAGAAGUACAAGCUGUUCUGGCGCGAUACGACUGACUUUGUGCGCAUCGCGGUGCGCUGUGGUGCCACCAUCGUGCCAUUUUCUACUAUCGGGGUGGAAGACGCAUUUGACGUGCUCAUGGACCCCGACCAGACACCACCGACUUUGUGUGCAUUGCCGUGCGCUGUGGCUCCACCCAUCCUGCCGUUUUCCACCAUUGGAGUGGAGGACGCAUUUGACAUGCUCAUGCAUCCUGACGAGAUCAUGUUCUCUCCCAUCAGCCCCUGGUUGAAGCCAGCACUACAGGCCACGGGCAUGCAGACGGUCCCCUUCCCCCUCGCCUCCUCACAGCCCCCUUAUUCUUUCCUCUCCUUCCCAACCCUCCCCACGUCUCCUCUCUCUGCUCCUCCCAUGCCUGAUCUCAGGGAAAUUAUGUCCUCUCCCAUUGGCCCCUGGCUGAAGCCAGCAUUGCAGGCCACGGGCAUGCAGUCGCCCCCCUUUCCCCUCGCCUCCAAUGCCGGCCUGCUGCCGCGCCCCCAGCGCCUCUACUUCCUCUUCUCUGACCCCAUCCGCACGGACGGGCUUGACCCCACGAUCAUACGAGACAAGGAGGAGUGCAGCAGGAUCUACCAGGUGGGUCAGUUCAGUGGGUCUCCCUCCUUGCCUGUCUGCAUGCAAUCCCCCCUGACUGGCUGGGUUGUCUGCUGCCGCGCCCCCAUCGCCUCUGCUUCCUCUUCUCCGACCCCAUCCGCACUGACGGCCUUGACCCCACCAUCAUACGCGACAAGGAGGCGUGCAGUCUGCCAUGGAAUGCUCCAUCCUCCCACUCAAUUCGUCUCCACUACACCUUUAAACGGCGUGCACAUGGACCUUUGGGGUCCUGCUCCAGUUCGUUCUCGUGGUGGGCUUUCCUACUUCCUUGUCAUCAUUGAUGACUCCCCCCGCUAUCACGGUGCCGAGGGAUUUACCCAAAAUCAAGGACCCGACUUCUUUGAGACGUUUUCACCCACAGCCAAAACCCCCACACUACACUCCCUUCUUGAUGUUGCUGCUCGAGAUGACAUAGAGGCUAACUGCACGGAAGUGACUUCUGCCUUUCUCCAAGGGGUCCUUUGA